AUGAAGCCUCUGGAGAAAUUUUUGAAGAAGCAAACGUCGCAGCUGGCGGGACGGACGGUGGCGGGAGGUCCCGGCGGGGGUCCGGGGAGCUGCGGCGGGCCUGGAGGGGGUGGGGGACCUGGCGGGGGUGGCGGUCCAGCCGGGGGACCGCGGCCGCUGCAGCGGCGACAGAGCGUGUCUCGCCUGCUGCUCCCAGCUUUCCUCCGUGAGCCCCCCGCCGAGCCAGGGCUGGAACCGCCCACUGAGGAAGAAGGGGGAGAGCCCGCGGGGGUCGCGGAGGAGCCGGUCAGCGGGGGACCCUGCUGGCUACAGCUAGAGGAGGUGCCAGGGCCAGGGUCGCUCGGGGGCGGGGGACCCCUGCGCUCCCCUUCUUCGUACUCCUCAGAUGAACUGUCCCCAGGCGAGCCCCUCACUUCACCGCCCUGGGCGCCCCUGGGCGCUCCAGAGCUGCCGGAGCAUCUUCUGAACCGGGUUCUGGAACGGCUGGCUGGAGGGGCCACCAGGGACAGCGGCGCCUCAGAUAUCUUGCUUGAUGACAUCGUCCUUACCCACUCCCUCUUCCUCCCAACGGAGAAAUUUCUACRGGAACUACAUCAGUACUUUGUUCGGGCAGGGGUCCUGGAGGGCCCUGAGGGGCUAGGCCGGAAGCAGGCCUGUCUAGCCAUGCUACUCCAUUUCUUGGACACCUACCAAGGGCUGCUACAGGAGGAAGAGGGGGCCGGCCACAUCAUCAAGGAUCUGUACCUGCUGAUUAUGAAGGAUGAAUCCCUUUACCAAGACCUCCGAGAGGAAACACUGAGGCUGCACCAGCUUGUGGAGACAGUGGAGCUGAAGAUCCCAGAGGAGAGCCAGCCACCCAGCAAGCAGGUAAAGCCACUCUUCCGCCAUUUCCGUCGGAUAGAUUCCUGUCUCCAGACCCGAGUGGCUUUUCGGGGCUCAGAUGAGAUCUUCUGCCGAGUCUACAUGCCUGACCACUCUUACGUGACCAUACGUAGCCGACUCUCAGCAUCUGUGCAGGACAUUCUGGGCUCUGUGACAGAGAAGCUGCAGUAUUCAGAGGAGCCCGCAGGGCGUGAAGAUUCCCUCAUUCUGGUAGCUGUGGCUUCCUCAGGAGAGAAGGUCCUUCUCCAGCCUACUGAGGACUGUGUUUUCACCACACUGGGCAUCAACAGCCACCUGUUUGCCUGUACUCGGGACAGUUAUGAGGCCCUGGUGCCCCUCCCUGAAGAGAUCCAGGUCUCCCCUGGAGACACAGAGAUCCACCGAGUGGAGCCAGAGGAUGUAGCCAACCACCUUACUGCCUUCCACUGGGAGCUAUUCCGAUGUGUGCAUGAGCUGGAGUUCGUGGACUACGUGUUCCACGGGGAGCGCGGUCGCCGGGAGACAGCCAACUUGGAGCUGCUGCUGCAGCGCUGCAGCGAGGUCACGCACUGGGUGGCCACGGAGGUGCUGCUCUGUGAGGCCCCGGGCAAGCGCGCGCAGCUGCUCAAGAAGUUCAUCAAAAUCGCAGCCAUCUGCAAGCAGAACCAGGACCUGCUGUCCUUCUACGCUGUGGUCAUGGGGCUGGACAACGCUGCCGUGAGCCGCCUGCGGCUCACCUGGGAGAAGCUGCCAGGGAAAUUCAAGAACUUGUUCCGCAAAUUUGAGAACCUGACAGAUCCUUGCAGGAACCACAAAAGCUAUCGAGAAGUGAUCUCCAAAAUGAAGCCCCCUGUGAUUCCCUUCGUACCUCUGAUCCUCAAAGACCUGACAUUCCUACACGAGGGGAGUAAGACCCUCAUAGAUGGCUUGGUGAACAUUGAGAAGCUGCAUUCAGUGGCGGAGAAAGUGAGGACAAUCCGUAAAUACCGGAGCCGGCCCCUCUGCCUGGACAUGGAGGCCUCCCCUCACCACCUGCAGACAAAGGCCUAUGUGCGCCAGUUCCAGGUCAUCGACAACCAGAACCUCCUCUUCGAGCUCUCCUACAAGCUGGAGGCUAAUAGUCAGUGA